AUGCCGUUCCCUAGAUCUGUCAGUCCAUCCCAAGAGAUCGUUUCCAGGCCGCGGAUCGUCAAACGAGAUGAUAUCAAGAGAGUUCAGAUCCGGCGAGGCAAGCCGCAGCCAGCAGGAACAGCUGUUCCCUAUUCACCCGAAGACUACUGGAAUGGAUAUCAUCUGAGUUUUAUAUCUCAACGCAACUCUCACGGAAUGAUGGAUGAUUCCAAAUAUCCGACAGAGGUGACGGGACAAAUGUUGAGGAAGAAAGCAGUGCCCAUGGAACGCAACCUGACACCGUCCAGACAAGGCAGCGAUUUGAUCCUCCGCGUGGACUGA